AUGUCUAAUCAAGGCCUGGCCCUGAUUUUCCCUCUGUUGUUUAUCUGCUUUUUCAAGGAGAGCUUCUGCAUUUGUGAUGGAACAAUCUGGACAAAGGUUGGAUGGGAGAUUUUUCCAGAAGAAGUGCACUAUCUGAAAGUGAAGGCUUCUCCAUCCCACUGUCUGCCUUUCCCUCUGGACAAGCUAUUCUGUAGCUUUGCUAACAUGGAUAUAGUUCAGAGUUGUUUGCACCUUAGUUAUAUUGUAGUACAAGCUCUCUUUUUAAUCCUAUCUGUUUUAUCUGUCCAUUACCUGUGGAUGAAAUGGAAGAAACACCAAAAAAAGCUGAGAAGACAAGCCUCCUUAGAUAAACCUGAUAAAGACCUAGAAAGUCCAUCCAUCUAUGACAUUGAUCAAAUACUCUGCAGACUGCUGGCCACGACAUCAAUGAUGACCAAGUACCUGAAAAAGGUGUCCCAACAUUCUUUCCCUAAGAAAGUAAAACAACACAAAGAGCAAGAAGAGUGGAGGUGGAGGAAAGGAAUCAGAGUACAUGAAGCAUGA